AUGGAUAAGGGUUAUCGGGUGAAGGUCAAGGCAACAGGCAACGCAGAUCAGGCCAUGUUAGACUCAAUAUCCCGUCUUUCGGCUCUGAUAGAAGAUGUCUGUGUUGUGGAAAGUGGACCACAUUUGACAAAAAAAGAAGCUUAUAUGAUAGUCAGACAUUUGAAAUACGGCCCGGCUAAGAAAGGUGUGAAAAAAUCUCAAGAUGCCAUACAAUCGGAUGUGAAAGCCGCGGAGUGUGAUGUGGAACCAUUAACUGCCACUUCUAGUGAUUCUAUUAACCAUAAGAAUCAGAGUUCUCCUGAAUAUCAGUUUGAAACACAAGAGGCAUUGAUUUCUCAUGGUAACGAGCAAUUUCCAUUCUCAGCUGACGGAUCAGAUAAAAGUGUCAACCACAGAAAUGAUUCAGUUUCUCCACCCGUACUAGAAAAUAGAUAUAAAAAAGCUAGUCAUCAUGGCGAGAACAAGGUUCAACUGAAUGCACGGGUGCCUCCUGCUGUGACUGAAAAUAGGUACAGAAAAGCCGAGCCAAGAAACAGGUCCCAACAAACAACACCAAACACAAAUCCAGUGACAAGAGACACAAACAGGUGGACACCCUCUAAUUCAAAUCACCCUCCUGGAUCAAGAAGUCCGAUGCCUUCCCGUGACAAUAUCCACCCGAAUCCUAGAGGUCCGAAUACAAAAAGUCCCGGCUACGGUCUUUUUAGUAGGGAUACAUAG